AUGGUCAUGGUGAAACGGCGACAUAUCAUCGAUGAGGUAGCUCGUUCUCUGCAGAUUAGUCAUGGGUCUGCCAAUCAAAUCAUCCACGAUGAGCUCGGUUUCCAUAAAGUCUGUGCAAGAUGGGUGCCAAGAGAACUAAGUGAAGAGUACAAGCGCAAACGUCUAGGGGUCUGCCAACGUUUACUCGAUCGCUACGACAGUGAGGGCGAGGAAUGUUUGAGCAGAAUAGUCACAGGAGAUGAAAAGUGCGUCCAUCAUCAUGAGGGAGAAUCUAAAGGACAGAGUAUGGAGUGGAAACAUCCUGGUUCGCCAACGACGAAGAUAUUCAAAACUCAGUCUUUCGCGGGAAGGGUGAUGCUACGCCUUUUUUUGGACUCAAAAGGAUCUGUACUGGAAGACCACCUGGAAAGGGGUGUACGAUCAGCAGUGCAAGGUACAAUGCUUUGCUGGCCAAUAAACUGA